ACUUGGUACUUCCGCUAUGGAGUGAAGAAUAUCACAUCAAUACACAUCACCUGCUAUUUAACGAUUAAUUACUUGAUUAAGCAGUUAAUUAAAACCUGCACGGUCUAUUAAACUCUCAAGGCAGUUCAAGGAAAGCCUACCUGACAUGACACUGGCCAUCAAAUAACUUGAAUAAGAAAGAUGUCGUCUGAUGAUGAAGUAUUGUUUGAUGAUGUUUAUGAAUUGUAUGAAACAAUAGGAAAAGGUCCAUACAGUGUAGUAAAGAGAUGUCUGCACAAAGAAACUGGACAGCAGUUUGCUGUAAAGAUUGUAGAUGUGGCCAAGUUCACGUCCAGUCCUGGGCUCAGCACAGAAGACUUGAAGAGAGAGGCUAGUAUAUGCCAUCUACUAAAGCACCAGCACAUUGUAGAAUUAUUAGAGACCUACAGUUCAGAGGGCAUGCUUUAUAUGGUGUUUGAGUAUAUGGAUGGAGCUGACCUUUGUUUUGAGAUAGUUAAAAGAGCAUCACUUGGUUUUGUAUACAGUGAAGCUGUUUCCAGUCAUUAUCUGCGACAGAUACUUGAAGCUAUAAGAUACUGCCAUGCUAACAAUAUUAUUCAUCGUGACCUGAAGCCACAUUGUGUGUUGUUGGCAUCCAAAGAAAACUCAGCUCCAGUUAAACUCGGUGGUUUUGGUGUUGCUAUACAUCUACCUGAAUCUGGAGAGCUAUCAGGAGAGGAGCCUAUUCUUUAUGGAUUGGAUCCUUGGGUUGAUUUGAGAACUGAUAUUGUCGGUAGAAUAGGCACACCACAGUUCAUGGCACCAGAGAUUGUGAACCGACAGCCCUAUGGGAAACCAGUAGAUAUGUGGGGGUGUGGCAUCAUGAUGUUCAUAUUGCUGGGUGGCUAUCCACCAUAUGUAGGAACCAAAGACAAUCUUUUUCAUCAAAUUGUACAGGGAAAAUAUCAUCUAAGAAAACAUUGGAUGACAAUAUCCACUCCCGCUAAAGAUUUGCUCAGUAAAUUGUUGGAUGUAAAUCCUAACGACAGAAUUACAAUAGAGGAAGCUUUACAGCAUCCUUGGAUAAAGGAUAGAAGUAGAAUUCCAAAAGUUCACUUGCAAGAAACUGUAGAAGAAUUAAAAAAGUUUAAUGCAAGACGAAAAUUAAAGGGUGCUAUAAUGGCAGCUGUUUCCAGUUCUAAAUGGAACACAUUUUAUAACGACCCUCCUGAUAUGGCAGAGGAUGAUAUAACCUCAGCUGGAGCUGUGUCUCAGGUGCUAGACUCAUUGGAAGAGAUACAGUGUUUGACAGAUUGUUCCGAACAAGAAAAAGACCUCAUCGAAAAAGUUUUCCAAGAUACCAAACUACAUGCCUUAUUAAAUUUAUACGAUAAAAUCAACACUCAAACAGCUACUCCAGUCCGCCCUCCACCCUCCGAUGCUGUCCAUAAAACAGGGGAGGUAAGUGGUGACCACAAAACAGCUAUUCCAGUCAGCCCUACACCCUAUGAUGCAGUUAAACAAUCAAGGGAGGUUUUGGAAACAAUCAAGAAACGUCCGUCAGAAUAUGCAACAGUCUGUGAAGAAUUAUCGCAAAUCUUAUCAAAGCCACAUAUCACAGCUUUAUUACAAGCCCAUGAUGUUGUGGCUCAUGAAGUCUACAGUGAGGAUGCUGUACGUGUAACUCCCCCACCACUUCAGCCUUAUCUUAACGGGGAUUCUCAACCUGAAACCCCUGUGUCAGAAAUGGAGUCUUCCAAUGUCACACGUGUAAGAAUGGUACAGUUUCAGAAAAAUACAGAUGAACCUAUGGGAAUAACAUUAAAGGUGACAGAGCAAGGAAAAUGUUUGGUUGCUAGGAUUCUCCAUGGAGGCAUGAUUCAUCGUCAAGGAACACUACAUGUUGGAGAUGAAAUACGAGAAAUAAAUGGUGUAAAUGUAUCCAAUCAGACUGUAGACAACUUACAACGACUAUUGAGAGAAGCGAGGGGAAAUGUCAGCUUGAAGAUAGUCCCCAGUCAUAGAAAUAGCCCAGCCCAGUGUGAGUCAAACCUUGUUGUGUCCAAGUGGAAAGGGCAGUCAAUAUCUCUUAGAAUUAACCAGGUUUUUGACUUACAAGAGGUUACUAAUCUUUUUAUAUAUGUUCGAGCAUUAUUUGAUUAUAACCCAGAGGAUGAUGAUCUGAUUCCGUGUUCACAAGCUGGUGUUUCAUUUAGUGUUGGAGAUGUUUUACAGAUUAUUAGCAAAGAUGAUUCCAAUUGGUGGCAAGCAAAAAAAGUUGGUACAUCCCCAAACUCUACUGACCCAGCAGGAUUAAUUCCUUCUCCUGAACUCCAAGAAUGGAGGACAACAGUUUCUAGUCGAGAAAAACUGAAAGAAAACGCUGUGCAUUGUUCAUGGUUUGGAAAGAAGAAAAAAGACAAAUAUUUAGCAAAACAUAAUUCCAUAUUUGACCAAUUAGAUUUAGUGACCUAUGAGGAAGUUGUUAAAUUACCUGCCUUUAUGAGGAAAACAUUAGUAUUAUUAGGUGCUCAUGGUGUUGGAAGAAGACAUAUAAAAAAUACAUUAAUAACAAGUCAUCCAGAUCGAUUUGCAUAUCCUAUACCACAUACAACAAGAGCACCACGAGAAAAUGAAACAAAUGGAAAAAAUUAUUUUUUUGUGACACAUGAACAAAUGAUGAAAGACAUUGCUAAUAAUGAAUAUUUAGAAUAUGGAACACACGAUGAUGCCAUGUAUGGAACAAAAUUAGAAACAAUUAGACAAAUUCAUGUACGGUCACAAAUGGCUAUUCUAGAUGUGGAACCACAGGCUUUGAAAAUAUUGCGUACUGCUGAAUUUGCCCCAUAUGUUGUGUUCAUAGCAGCACCGAGGAUUUUUGAAAUUUUACCACAUCAUAAAUCCAAAGAUAUCAAUGAUGUCAGUUUGGAAAAAUUAGCUACAGAAAGUGAUCUCUUAGAAAAGGCUUAUGGACAUUAUUUUGACUUGAAAAUAGUGAACAAUGACAUUGAAGAAACAAUAAGAACUUUAGAACAAGCUAUAGACGAAGUGUGUUCAUCCCCUCAAUGGGUGCCUGUAAGCUGGGUUUAUUGAAACAGAUUAUAGUUAAUAAUAAUGCCAAAAUAUUUAUAUAUCAAAAACCAAAUUUUUAUAGAAAGUGCUUUUUGUUCAAGGUAUGCAAAAAAUGAAGGAAGUGUUAUAAUUGUUGAUAUUUUGUUAACUGUUGACUUAUAAUACAAAUUAAUUAAUGUUCACCAAAUUACAGGAACUAACUGUUGACUUAUAAUACACGUUAAUAAAUGUUCACUGAAUUACAGGAACUAACUGUUGACUUAUAAUACACGUUAAUAAAUGUUCACCGAAUUACAGGAACUAACUGUUGACUUAUAAUACACGUUAGUAAAUGUUCACCGAAUUACAGGGAAAUGUACAUGGUGCCAUAAUGAGGAACUAUAGCCAAGAAAUCAAGAAUCCAUAUUUGUGAUAUAUACAUGGGAAUUGUAUAGAAGAGUAUCAGUAAUUUAAACUUGAGUAAAUUUGUAUACAAUUAAUCAAACAUGAUAUUCAAAGGAAAUAAAAACAAACCUAAACAAC